CCCUCGCGCCGUCGCGACUCUGCUGUGCGUCGCGGUAGCCGCCGGUCGGCACCCAUGGCGGCCUUGCGACCCCCGAGGAGGGCCCUCCAUCCUCUCUGCCGCGCCUUCUCCGGCGGCGGCUGCCAGCUCGCCCCCGAGCGCGGCGGUGAGCGCAGGGAUUCCGCGCCGAGCCGGGUCUCAAGAUUCCGCCCUCCAAGGAAAUCUUGCCAUGAUUGGAUAGGACCCCCAGAUAAAUACUCAAACCUUCGACCUGUUCACUUCUACAUCCCUGACAAUGAAUCACCAUUGGAACAAAAGUUAAGAGAAUUAAGACAAGAAACACAAGAAUGGAACCAACAGUUCUGGGCAAACCAGAAUUUGACUUUUCUUAGGGAAAAAGAAAAAUUUAUUGACUCAAGACUAAAAGCCAAAGGCCUGGAACUGAGAGCUGAAUCAGGUCAAAAAGCAACACUGAAUGCAGAAGAAAUGGCUGACUUUUACAAGGAAUUUUUAAGUAAAAAUUUUCAGAAGCACAUAUAUUACAACAGGGACUGGUACAAGCGUAAUUUUGCCAUCACCUUCUUCAUGGGAAAAGUGGCUCUGGAGAGGAUUUGGAACAAGCUGAGACUGAAACGAAAGAAGACCAGCAAUUAGGAGCCCACCCCGACCCACCCGCCCAGCGUCUUAAGUUUCCACCAGAAGCAGCUGCUUAUAGGAGCUCGUUUUACGAGGACUCUAAGACCUGUGCGUGCAGGGCAGGCUGGGAGGACGCGGGUCCCGGUGCGCUGUGUCCCACAUGGCUCCAUCCUGACUGUGGAUUCCAAGCCGGCUCUCGGUCAUGGAAGUGAUGUUAAAUAAAACCCAAGCACUGUGUACCGGUUUUCU